CGGGCGGGCGUGGGAGCAGCCGCACGCCUCCCUCCCGCCCGGUGCCGCACGAUCCCGCCGCUCCUGCUCCGUCCCGCCGGGACUAUGUACCAGAGCCCCGCACGCUGCCUCUGCUCGGCGCUGCCCGCCCUCUGCUGCGCUCCCGCCGCCGCCUCGGCCUCCCGCCUGCCGCGGCCCCGCGCCCNGCGACACAACCCCGCGCCCGGCCCCGCCGCCCCACGGGCACCCGCGGGCAGCCCGCCCGCCCCGGGGCCGCCGCCCCGCACAGUGUGUUCCAUGGGAAACAGUACCAGCCGGCUCUACAGCGUGCUCGCCAAGACGCUGAGCAGUGGUGCCGUGUCCCAGCACCAGGACUGCCUGGAGCAGCUGGACUCAGCACAGCUGGAUCCUAUAGACCCCAAGGAUUUGCUGGAGGAGUGUCAGAUUGUUCUGCAGAAGCGGCCRCCCCGGUUUCAGAGGAACUUUGUGAAUCUGAAGAAAAAUGCUGCCAGUAACCACCGCCCCAUCCGGGUCAUGCAGUGGAACAUCCUGGCCCAAGCUCUUGGGGAAGGCAAAGACAACUUUGUUCAGUGCCCCAUGGAAGCUCUGAAAUGGGAGGAGAGGAAAUGCCUCAUCCUGGAGGAGAUCCUUGCCUACAAGCCCGACAUCUUGUGCCUGCAGGAAGUUGACCACUACUUYGACACCUUUGAGCCGCUCCUCAGCCGCUUGGGCUACCAGUGCACUUUCUUCCCGAAGCCGUGGUCGCCGUGCCUGGACGUGGAGCGGAACAACGGGCCCGAYGGCUGCGCCAUGUUCUUCCUCAAGGAACGCUUCGAGCUCGUCAACAGCGCCAACAUCCGCCUGACUGCCAUGAAGCUGAAGACCAACCAGGUGGCCAUUGCUCAGACACUGAAGUGCCACGAAACAGGGAGACUCUUCUGCAUUGCUGUCACSCACCUGAAAGCCCGCACGGGCUGGGAAAGGUUCCGUUCUGCACAGGGGUGUGACCUCCUCCAGAACCUGAAGAACAUCACCCAAGGAGCAAAGAUCCCCYUGAUCGUCUGUGGAGACUUCAAUGCAGAGCCAACUGAGGAGGUCUACAGGGAGUUUUCCAACUCCAGCCUCAAUUUAAACAGUGCAUACAAGCUGCUGAGCCCCGAUGGACAGUCAGAGCCCCCCUACACCACGUGGAAGAUCCGGCCCUCGGGAGAGUGCCGACACACACUGGAUUAUAUCUGGUAUUCCCAGCAUGCCUUGAACGUGAACUCAGCCCUGGGCUUGCUGACUGAAGAGCAAAUUGGGCCCAACAGGCUGCCCUCAUUCAAUUACCCUUCYGAUCACCUGUCCCUUGUGUGUGACUUCAGUUUUAAUCAAGACCCUGACAGACUGCUGUAAUGUCUUGGAAGGCCACCUGGUAUUGCAGUGUCUGAACUCACCACUCUUUUAUUUUAGAGAAAACCUUUAAAGCUGGAUGCUUUUGAAAGAUCAGGAAAUACUGUUGACUGACAAUUAUUUCAAGCACUUGUUCAGAGUUACASUUGCUGUUCAGUCCUUACUAAYGUGCAGCCUUUGAGGGAGGAAGAAAGAAGGCAGUGUUUUUGUCAUGGUCUCUUGCCAUGYCARGGUUGGAAAACUAGAAGGCAAAUGAGCUUUAUCCUUUCACUAAGCCCCCAUUUAGGGAUUUAAUCCUCUAAUGAAURUGGAGGCCUUAGCAUUUAAAUCAAAACACUUGUGUUUGUAAAACAACUUGUCCCGACAGAAUGCUAAUUUUAUUUCAUGUUAAGCUUCUGCACAAGUACCAAAGAGUGAGGUUCAACUACCUAGUGAGAUUCUCUUAAAAUCUUUUACUGUUGCAAUAUGAGGGAAGUUUAAUGCAGUUUAGGCAAAGCCAAGCUCAUAGUAGUGUGAGCUACUAUUUGCACGACCUGAGAUGACAAAUUCCUUAGAAGUGAAUGGAUCGUAGUGCAGUGUGAGGAAGGCCCCCUCCAGGAGGAACAGGUGAGGAAACAGAGGUUGAUGGUGACCCAGAGUAACACCCCUACUUUUCCAGAAAAAUGUGUGUCUCUGUCACACAGAUACAGCGUGUAGGUAUGUACACAGUGGCUCUUCGUUUCUUCUGUGCUUCCCUCUGGAGGAUGCAGAUAAUCAGAGCCUGUUUCUUCUUCUGCUUUGAGUAUUGGUUUUCUAAAUGUUUUAAAUUUGCAGUCUUGUCAAUCUUGCUGUUUCAGUAAAGGGCCAGUCUUAAUGUCGAAAGAUUUUCUUUUAUUUAUCAUCAGAAUCUAAAGCUUCACUGGAACCUGUUAGAAGAUAAAAUUUAUUUAUUGAGAGAAUUUGGUGAUCCUGCAUCUGAUUGAAAAUCGUACAGCAACAGUGUUCAGGAGGCUGAGGGGAACUCUGCCCAAGCAUCUGGGCUACAACAGAGGUGUGUUAGUAUAGUAACUCAUGUGAUGCUAAUUGGUGACAUAGGAAUUUCAUAUAUGGAUUGUAAACAUGCCAUUAUGCUGGAAGAUGCCCUAGGAAGAGAGGAGGGAAGAGAGAUAAACAGUUGGAGUUGGGCUGACAUUUAGAUGGUUGAGAAGGAUAUGAUGGUUGAAAGAAAGAUUAGAUGGUUGAGAAARGUGGGGCAAAUAAAUCAGUACUUCCAUGUAGAGUGCAUAGUAACUUUUAAAUGUUCAAGGUGUUUGUUAAUAAAACUCUUCAGAAAAAA